GCAGCAGCGGAGAUAGAAAUUCGCAGAUUUCUGGUGGAGAUUUUAUUGUGUUGUGAAUAAAGUAUUUAACGAAAUUACAUCCCUUCCUAAUUUGAUAUUCCUGUGAUUUAUCUGUCUCAUUCCAUUCAUAUUCUAUGUAUUGGACAUUAUUGUACAGUGAGCACGUGCUGUUGUAACGAUCGCGGGUUAUUGAACGAAUGAUGCACAGUGGAAAUGAUGGACGGCGAUGCAAUUGCAGACACAGUGUCCGGGAGUGCUUAACUAACCGUAUGUGAUUGUGGUGGAGAGAGCUUUUCACCAUCGAGAAGAACUCUCAUGGACGCUGAAGUUAACGGCCGACCGAUGAAGAAGGAUGAGAUUUCCGAUUCCCAACAGCCAUCACCAUGUGAUACGCAGUGGUACCUGUCGCAGAUCAAAGGUUCCUUAGAGGAUGAAAAUGUUGACGCGGAUACAAUAUCCAGUGUACAGUUUAACGAAAAUGGUGAAUUCCUAGCAGCUGGUGAUAAGGGUGGGCGGAUUGUGGUGUUCAAGCGCGAUCUUGAGAACCAACAACCGUUCGCCCGGACAGAUUACAAUGUGUAUAGCACCUUCCAGAGCCACGAACCGGAAUUUGAUUAUCUGAAAAGCGUGGAAAUCGAAGAGAAGAUCAACGAUAUUGCCUGGUUGAAACGCCGCAGUCCCGCCCAUUUUUUACUUUCCACUAAUGAUAAAACGGUAAAAUUGUGGAAAAUAUCGGAAAAAACGCGCCGCGCUGAAGGAUUUAAUUUACGCGAGGAGGACAGUGGUCGCGUACUAAACCAGCGCCUCCAGCGAUUGCGCAUCCCGGCGCUGCGCAGUGUCGACGGCAUCGUCGAGGCCUCGGCACGGCGCGUGUACGCCAAUGCUCACGCCUACCACAUCAACAGUAUCUCCGUCAAUGCCGACCAGGAAACGUUUCUUAGUGCCGAUGAUCUCAGGAUUAACAUUUGGCAUACCGAGUCCAAAAAUCUGUGUUGGAAUGUUAUCGAUAUCAAACCGGAUAAUAUGGAGGACUUAGCGGAAGUCAUUACAUAUUCGCGCUUUCAUCCAACGGAAAACAGUGUGUUUGCGUUCAGUAGCUCCAAGGGCGUGAUACGACUGUGCGAUAUGAGACGGUCAACACACCAUGAGCAGCACGCCAAAUUAUUUGCCGAUGCGGAGGAUGUGGGGACGCGGAACUUCUUUUCGGAAAUCAUUGCCAGUAUUGCUCAUUUCACCUUUAGCUAUAAUGGCCUCCUGAUGGCCGCCCGGGAUUACAUGCACGUUAAAUUAUGGGAUUUGCGUAUGGAGAACAAGGCUGUCGAAGUAUUCCAUGUCCAUGAAUACCUCAAGGCCAAAUUAUGCACGCUCUACGAGAACGACUGCAUAUUCGAUAAAUUUGACUGCUGCUUCUCCCAUGACGACAAGGCCAUUUUAACGGGGUCAUACGGCAGCCUAUUCCGGGUGUUUGACAUUGCGUCGAAGCGCGACGUGACGUACGAGGCCUCGAAGGAUGUUACGAAGGUGAAGGCGGUGCUUAAGCCGAAGAAGAUCAUCGCCGGCGGGGAUCGGCUGGCGGCGCAGAAGCGCAAGAAGGACGAGAUCCCCACCGACUCCCUGGACUACGGCCGCAAAGUACUGCACGCCAGCUGGCAUCCGCGGGAAAACGUCCUGGCCCUAUGCGCCACUAACAAUCUCUUUAUGUUCGAGGAUGCUCACUGAACGGCUGUAUUUUUUUUGUUUGAGUUACGUUGUUUUUUCUGUUUUCUGCACGCAAAACGCAACGGAACGUGGUGCACGCGAUGUGUGUCUCUGGUUGGAGCGCCGUUUUUUCUUUGAGUUGUUCAAAUUUUACAAGAAAUGAUGAUUGUGUUUUUUCCUACCUUCAUUACUGGUCUGAUGUGGUGCGUCGUCGAGGGGAAAGAAAAUUUGAAGCGGGUGCCGGAAUUGAACGCUUUCAAGAGAGAUUUUCCUGUGGACUGAUAGGAAGAAGGUGGUUUUCCUAUGAUGUUUUUGUGUCUCAACAGCAGCUGAUUGUGGUUGUUGAAGAGGAGAAUUUAUUUAUUGUGUAAUGGGGAAAUAAUUUUUUGGAUUGAUGGAUUUAAUUUCUGUACGUGUACUGCUCUCUUUCUCUUUGAUUGUCAUUUUCUGCUUUUUUUCCAAACGGAAGUUCACUUGUUUUGAUGUAUAGAAAAACAGUUGUUUUGCUGCAUCCAGAUGCUUUCUUACCCAGUUCGCUUAACGAUCGAUGUAUGUUGCAAUAUAAUUUCAAUAAAACAGGUUCAAUGC